AUGCCUCCCGCGUUGGCCGUCCGCUUAACCUGCCAGGCCUGCACGCGCCGCAAAGUAAAAUGCGACAAGAAGAGCCCCUGCACAAACUGUGUAAAGCAUGGGAUUUCAUGUGUUGCUGUUGAGAGGCCACGUUGGCCACGCGGCCGGUCGGGAAAGCAGGCAAUAAGCCGAGAGCAAGAUCUGAGCAAUCGUGUAGCGAAGCUAGAGCAGAUAAUAGAGGACUUUACCCACUCAAAAAGAGGAACGGAAGAUGUGUCCAGCAGCCGUGGCGAUACUACCAUACCUAGGAGUGGACGAGCGCCAAAACCACCGUCAGAAAGGGUGCAGACAACUGAAGAGUUGUUUCCUCCUCAGCCGUCGGUGAUUCUACAAUCCACCGACACCCGAGACGACGCCCUUGGCAGCGGGUUUGCCAACAACACGACCAGACGAGAACGGCACACAGAGAAUCACCCGGAGCUACCUUCGGAACCAGUGCGUCGGAGGAUACUCGUCGACAUCUUUCUUCGCCAAGUCGACCCGGUCUUGAAGAUCUUGCACCGGCCAUCUCUCUGCGCCUAUCUCCUGGAGGGAAAGCCCUACUUGGACUAUGCUCCGGGGCAUCCGGUACCUGCGGCUCUGGCCUCUGCUGUGUUUUAUAUGGCCAGCUCAAGCCUGGCUGAAGACCAAUGUCUCGCUCUGCUUGCCGAGAGGAAAGAGACGGUACUGGCAAGAUACAAUGAUGAAACCAUGACAGCCCUCGCUAGGGUCGACUUUCUGGUUACAAAUCAUCUGACUGUAUUGCAGGCAUUUGUCCUGUCUUUGGUGGCUGCAAGAACACACGAUCACAGCCGAAAGGUCUGGACAAUGCUCAGCGUAGCUCUUCGCAUAGCACAAGCACUCUCGCUGCACAUGACCGAUCCCCCAUUUCCAGUAACGCCGUUUGAACGCGAGAUGCGUCGCCGCUUGUGGCACUUGAUCGGCUGGUUGGACCUUGAGGCAUCGCUGAACCGCGGAUCGGAAAGCAUGAUGCGGUCUGCCUGGAUUCAGACACAUUCCCUCACGAACAUCAACGACGAUGACUUUGGAUUCGACUCGGAGGAUCCCUUACCGGCUGCGCAAAGCGGGCCAACGGAGGCUACCCUUCUCAUUCUGUUUGCGCAUGGCCAAUGCGCUCUACGUGCCUUGGAUUUAUCCCACUUUGCUGAACCAGGCAUCACGGACAUCCAUAUGCGACAGCAAACGGUGGACCACUUCCGUCGUACUACGAAGGAGCUGCUGGCCGGCUGCGACCCCGAAAAUGUUCCGUUCCACUGGUUCACUAGCCAGAUCCAGGAGCAGAUAUCUGCUGUCCUGCAACUUAUCGCUCUCCGGCCCCUCCAGAGGAGUCCGACCUUUGUCCCUGCGGAGCUACCAGCGCCCCAAAUGCUCGCCCUUGCAGCCGACAUUUUAGAACGACGUCAGAGAAUGUUCAGCGAUCCUCGGGCACAGCCCUGGUGCUGGUUCGAGCUGUUAUACUUUCCCUGGCAUGCGCUGGUUGUCGCCAUGACCGAGGUCUGCGUCUGUACUGACCGAUGGGUGAUAGACAGAUACUGGCAUACGCUUGAGCGUAGCUAUGACCUCUUUCAGAAGCAGGCUGUUGGUACACACUAUGACUGGCUUUCGGCGUCAAUGGACAGUUUGAUGAGCAACGCGCGAGCUGCGCGACAAAAGGUGGUCGACUCCGACUCGACAGGGCUUCAAGCGCCCAGUUCCCACAUCUAUAUGGACAUGGCGUCUCUCGAGGGCCCAGCCCUGUCGGAGUCUCUGCCAUCUGUACCUGACGCGACUUUGGCGGCGGAGGAGCUUACGCAACUACAAGACCAGGAGGUCAGCGCGUGGGCGCAGUAUGGGGAUUUUACCGACCGCUUCUAUGAGCUGCAUGCGAUCUUUGACGGUGGGCUAUCCUAA